AUGGAGGCUGAAUUUUACGUGACGAUUCUAACCUGCCUGGUCCUCAGGAGCUUGGAGGGGUUCCAGAUAGUCCAUGUACGUAAACAGCAAUGCCUCUCCAUAAAUCAGAAAGUGAUCAUGGGCUCGUGCGAUGGUACCAGCCAGAACCAACAGUGGCUGUCAACUGAGAACGGGAAGUUCUUCCAUGUUAAAUCUGGACUGUGCCUGGGCAUCUCCAACUCCUCAAGGGGCCCCUUCCAACCAGCAGUCGCCACUCCCUGUGCCCAGGCACCCCGAUGGACCUGCCAUGAUCAAGAAGGUUUCCUUGAGGUGGAAAAUACCUCUCUCUUUCUCAAGAAACAAAACCGUAAAGUAGUGGUCAGGAAAAUCAGUAAAUACCUCGACAGCUGGAUGAAAUUAGACUUCAACAAGGAGGGGAAACUGGUCAAUGAAAGCCUCUGUCUAAAGCAAGCUGGCCUGGGAACAGAAGUCUCAGUGCGGAUUGCUAGAAACUCAGCUACUCCCCAGAUUCCCACUACUUUAAACACGGUCCCAUAUAGCCCAGAACACACUAGGAAUACCACAGAGGCGUUCCUUGGGAGCACGGCAGAGACCUACAGUCAAAGCAGCAGCAAGAGAGACCUCCCCAGUCUGCACACGGCUCGAGCUGCAGACACCACCUGGAGUCCAUCGACCACCCCACCCUUCUCCAGCACCACUUCAGAGACUGGCGUGGCAGAGGUGGCGAAGUGUAACUUCACCGUGUUGGAGUCCAGGGUCUCCAGCUCGGCAGCGUCUAUCCAGUGGAGGACGUUUGGGCCAGCCUGUAACUUUAGCCUCAUCUACAGCAGUGACAACUCAGGGCCCUUGUGGUGCCACCCCUUCCGGACAGACAACACCACCUAUGGAUGUGACCCCAAGGAUUUACAAGCAGGGACCACCUAUAACUUCAGGAUUGUUUCUCUGGAUGGAGAGGAGAGAACUCUGGUCUUACAGACAGAUCUCCUGCCUCCUGCCAGGUUUGAAGUCAACCCUGAGAAGACAGCUUCAACUACCCUGCAGGUCCAGUGGACCCCCUCUUCUGGAAAAGUCACCUGGUAUGAGGUGCAAUUAUUUGAUGAGAACAAUCAAAAGAUACGAGAAGUCCAAGUUCGAGAAAGUACCACAUGGAGCCAAUACACCUUCUUGAACCUCACUGCUGGUAGUAACUACAAAAUCGCCAUCACAGCCGUGUCUGGAGAAAAACGCUCCUCUCCCAUCUAUAUCAAUGGAUCAACAGUGCCAUCUCCAGUGAAAGAUAUUGGCGUUUCCCCCAAUCCUAAUUCUCUCCUCAUUUCCUGGUCUCGUGGUUCUGGGAAUGUGGAGCAAUACAGGCUGAUGCUGAUGGAUAAAGGAACCAUAGUCCAAGACAGGAAGGUGGACAAGCAUGAAACUUCUUACACUUUACAUGGCUUGACCCCUGGCCACCUCUACAACCUCACCAUUGUCACCAUGGCCGCGGGCCUGCAAAACUACCGGUGGAGACUAGUGAGGACAGCUCCGAUGGCGGUCCCAGAUCUGAAGGUCACAAAUGAUGGCAGUUCGACCUCUCUAAAAGUCAAGUGGCAGAAACCUCUUGGAGAUGUAGACUCCUACAACGUUACCCUGUCUCACCAAGGGACCAUCAAGGAAUCCAAAACAUUAGCACCCCGUGUUACUGAAACUCAGUUUACAGACUUAGUUCCUGGGCGGCUUUACCAGGUUACCAUCAUCUGUGUCUCUGGUGAACUGUCUGCUCAGAAGAUGGCAAUGGGCAGAACAGUUCCAGAAAAGGUGAGGAAUCUGGUUUCAUACAAUGAGAUUUGGAUGAAGUCCUUCGCAGUGAACUGGACGCCCCCUGCUGGAGACUGGGAGCACUAUCGUAUCCUGCUCUUCAACGAGUCCUUGGCGCUUCUCAACACCACAGUGGGAAAGGAGGAAACACACUAUGUCAUGGAUGUCCUGGAGCUCAUACCAGGGAGACAGUAUGAGGUGGAAGUCAUCGUUGAGAGUGGAAAUCUGAGGAAUUCUGAGCGCUGCCAAGGCAGGACAGUCCCCCUGGCUGUCCUCCAGCUUCGUGUCAAACACGCUAAUGAGACAUCACUGGGCAUCACGUGGCAGGCCCCUACAGGUGAAUGGGAGAAAUACAUCAUUUCACUGAUGGACAGAGACCUCUUAGUCAUCCACAAAUCGCUCUCCAAGGAUGCCAAAGAAUUCACCUUUACAGACCUGAUGCCUGGACGAAAUUACAAGGCGACCAUCACCAGUAUGAGUGGAGAUUUGAAACAGUCAUCUUCAGUAAAAGGAAGAACAGUGCCUGCCCAAGUGACUGACUUGUACGUCACCAACCAAGGCACGACCAGUAGUCUGCUCACUAACUGGACAAAGGCAUCAGGAGACGUAGAGUUCUACCAACUUUUACUGAUCCAUGAAAAUGUGGUCAUCAAAAACGAGAGUGUCUCCAGUGAGACCAGCAGGUACAGCUUCCGAGCUUUGAAAUCCGGCAGCCUCUACUCGGUGGUGGUGACCACAGUGAGCGGAGGAAUUUCUUCCCGACAGGUGGUGGCAGAAGGAAGAACAGUCCCGUCCAGUGUGAGCGGAGUAACAGUCAGCAACUCUGGCCGUAAUGAUUACCUCAGCGUUUCCUGGCUGCCGGCGCCUGGAGACGUGGAUAACUACGUGGUGAGCCUGUCCCACGACGGCAGGGUGGUUCAGUCCCUCAACAUCGCCAAGACGGUCAGCGAGUGCUCCUUCAGCUCCCUCACUCCGGGCCGCCUCUACAACGUCACCGUAACCAGCAGGAGUGGCGAUUACGCGAGCCGUUCCUUCAGCGAAGAACGGACAGUGCCUGACAAGGUCCAAGGAAUCAGUGUCAGCAACUCAGCCAGGAGCGACUACCUAAAGGUGUCCUGGGUACAUGCCACUGGAGACUUUGAUCACUAUCAAGUUACCAUCAGAAACAAAAACAACCUCAUUCAAACCAAAAUCAUUCCCAAGUCAGAAAACGAGUGUAUAUUUGUUCAGCUCAUCCCUGGACGCCUGUACAGUGUCACUGUCAGUACAAAAAGUGGACAAUAUGAAGCCAGUGAACAAGGGAAUGGGAGAACGAUGCCGGAGCCUGUCAAGAGCCUCACACUCCUCAACAGGAGCACCGAGGAUCUCCACGUGACAUGGUCAAGAGCCAGUGGGGACGUCGACCAGUACGAGGUCCAGCUGCUCUUCAACGACAUGAAAGUCUUUCCACCCAUUCACCUCGUAAACACCGCCACCGAGUACCAGUUCACCGCGCUCACCCCGGGGCGCCAUUACAAAAUCCUUGUCCUGACCGUCAGUGGCGACGUCCAGCAGUCAGCCUUCAUCGAGGGCCUCACCGUUCCCAGUACUGUCAAGAAUGUUCACGUUUCUGCCAACGGAGCCACAGAUAGGUUGAUGGUAACCUGGACCCCAGGCGGGGGAGACAUGGACUCCUACGUGGUGUCAGCAUUCAGGCAGAACGAGAAGGUUGAAUCUCAGACUAUCCCCAAGCACAUCUCUGAGCACGUUUUCCACAGACUGGAAGCCGGAGCCAAAUACAGGAUUGUCAUUGCUUCUGUCAGUGGGUCCCUGAGCAACCAGGUGGACGCGCUCGGGCAGACAGUUCCAGCGUCCGUCCAGGGGGUCGUUGCAGACAAUGCGUACAGCAGUAACUCCCUGACAGUGAGUUGGCAGAAAGCUGUCGGCGUGGCGGAAAGAUACGACAUCCUGCUUCUGAAUGAGAACGGGCUUCUUUUGAGCAACACGUCAGAGGCAGCUACCGCCAAGCAGCACAAAUUUGAAGAGCUAACGCCCGGCAAAAAAUACAAGAUGCAGAUCGUAACUGUCAGCGGAGGACUCUCUAGUAAGGCAGCCCAGGCUGAAGGCCGGACGGUCCCAGCAGCUGUCACCAACCUGAGGCUCACAGAGAACUCCACCAGACACCUGUCCUUCAGCUGGACCGCCUCGCAGGGCGAGCUCAGCUGGUACAACAUCUUUCUGUACAACCCGGACAGAACGCUUCAGGAAAGGGCUCAAGUUGACCCGCUGGUGCAGAGCUUCUCUUUCCAGAACUUGCUACAAGGCCGCAUGUACAAGAUGGUGAUUGUGACACACAGUGGGGAGCUGUCCAACGAGUCCUUUAUAUUCGGCAGAACAGUCCCAGCUGCCGUGAAUCAUCUCAGAGGAUCCAAUCGGAACAUGACAGACAGCCUUUGGUUCAGCUGGAGCCCGGCCUCCGGGGACUUUGACUUCUACGAGCUGAUUCUCUACAACCCCAAUGGCACGAAGAAGGAGAGCUGGAAGGACAAGGGCCUGACAGAGUGGCGCUUUCAAGGUCUCGUUCCUGGAAGGAAAUACACGCUGUGUGUGGUGACGCACAGUGGGGACCUCAGCAAUCAAGUCACAGGGGAGGGCAGAACAGCCCCAAGUCCCCCCAGUCUCUUGUCAUUUGCUGAUGUUGCGAACACUUCCUUGGCCAUCACCUGGAAGGGACCCCCAGACUGGACAGAUUACAACGACUUUGAGCUGCAGUGGCUCCCUGGAGAUGCGCUGACAGUCUUCAACCCCUACAGCAGCAGAAAGUCAGAAGGACGCAUUGUGUAUGGGCUUCGCCCAGGGAGGUCCUAUCAGUUCAGCGUCAAGACUGUCAGCGGAGAUUCCUGGAAAACCUACAGCAAACCAAUUUCUGGGUCUGUGAGGACAAAGCCAGACAAGAUACAAAACCUGCACUGCCGCCCUCAGAACUCGACGGCCAUUGCCUGUUCUUGGAUACCACCUGAUUCCGACUUUGAUGGCUAUAGCAUUGAAUGUCGAAAAAUGGAUACCCAAGAAAUUGAGUUUUCCAGAAAGCUAGAGAAAGAAAAAUCUCUCCUCAACAUCAUGAUGUUAGUGCCUCAUAAGAGGUACCUGGUGUCCAUCAAGGUGCAGUCGGCCGGGGUGACCAGUGAGGUGGUUGAAGAUAGCACCAUCACUAUGAUAGACCGCCCUCCUCCACCGCCUCCGCACAUCCGUGUGAAUGAAAAGGAUGUGCUGAUCAGCAAAUCUUCCAUCAACUUCACCGUCAACUGUAGCUGGUUCAGUGACACCAACGGAGCUGUGAAAUACUUCGCAGUGGUGGUGAGAGAGGCUGACGGCAUGGAUGAGCUAAGACCAGAACAACAGCACCCUCUCCCUUCCUACCUGGAAUACAGGCACAAUGCUUCCGUUCAUGUCUACCAGACCAAUUAUUUUGCCAGCAAAUGUGCUGAAAGUCCCGAGAGCAGUUCUAAGAGCUUUAACAUCAAGCUUGGAGGAGAGAUGGACAGCCUUGGCGGCAAAUGUGAUCCCAGUCAGCAACACUUCUGUGAUGGACCGCUGAAGCCACACACCGCCUACAGAAUCAGUAUCCGGGCUUUUACACAGCUAUUUGAUGAGGACUUGAAAGAGUUCACAAAACCUCUCUACUCAGAUACAUUUUUCUCCUUGCCCAUCACCACUGAGUCAGAGCCUCUGUUUGGAGUUAUUGAAGGUGUGAGUGCUGGCCUGUUUCUAAUUGGCAUGCUGGUGGCCCUUGUUGCCUUCUUCAUCUGCAGACAGAAAGUUAACCACGGCCGAGAAAGGCCAUCUGCCCGCCUGAGCAUUCGAAGGGACCGGCCUUUGUCUGUCCAUUUAAAUCUGGGCCAGAAAGGCAACCGGAAAACUUCUUGCCCCAUAAAGAUAAAUCAGUUUGAAGGACAUUUCAUGAAGCUCCAGGCUGACUCCAACUACCUUCUAUCCAAGGAAUAUGAGGACUUGAAAGACGUGGGUCGAAGCCAAUCAUGUGACAUUGCCCUCUUGCCUGAGAAUCGAGGGAAAAAUCGGUAUAACAACAUAUUGCCCUACGAUGCCUCAAGAGUGAAGCUGUCCAAUGUGGACGAUGACCCAUGCUCUGACUACAUCAAUGCCAGCUACAUCCCUGGUAACAACUUCAGAAGAGAGUAUAUCGCCACUCAGGGACCGCUUCCUGGCACAAAGGACGACUUCUGGAAAAUGGCGUGGGAACAAAACGUUCACAACAUCGUCAUGGUGACCCAGUGUGUCGAGAAAGGCCGAGUGAAGUGUGACCAUUACUGGCCAGCAGACCAAGACCCCCUCUACUAUGGGGACCUCAUCCUGCAGAUGGUCUCAGAGUCAGUGCUACCCGAGUGGACCAUCAGGGAAUUUAAGAUAUGCAGUGAAGACCAGUUGGACGCACACAGGCUCAUCCGCCACUUUCACUACACAGUGUGGCCAGACCAUGGGGUCCCAGAGACCACCCAGUCCCUGAUCCAGUUUGUGAGGACCGUCAGGGACUACAUCAACAGAAGCCAAGGGGCGGGGCCCACCGUGGUGCACUGCAGCGCUGGCGUGGGCAGAACAGGGACAUUUGUUGCCUUGGACCGGAUCCUCCAGCAGUUGGACUCCAAGGAUGCUGUGGACAUUUACGGAGCAGUGCACGACCUUAGACUACACAGGGUCCACAUGGUCCAGACGGAGUGUCAGUACAUAUAUUUGCAUCAGUGCGUGAGAGAUGUCCUCAGAGCGAGGAAACUGCGGAACGAACAAGAAAACCCCCUAUUUCCCAUCUAUGAAAAUGUGAAUCCAGAAUAUCACAGAGAUCCAAUCUACUAGAGACGUUAAGAACACACCUGAAGAUCCCCUGGAUAAAAGUUUUUCACUGUGUGACUUUUAAAAAGGAAACCUUGCUUCAUGCCCUGCAAAGGUGCCAGCUAUUUCUGUUGAUACUAUGUAUAAUUUAUUAAUCUGGAGAAUGUUAAAGAAUUUAUGUAAUUUAAAGGUAACAGAUAUUAUUGUAUAUACUUGUAUUUUGUAGUUUCUUCUGUAAAUAUGUAUUUUUCAUAAUGUUUAAAAUUAAGCUUUAUAUAAUACUAUUUUUUGCACACUAAAGUGUCCAUGGCUUGUUCUGCAUAAACCAAUCCCACCUAUACGACAGGACCACUGGUGAAAUGUGUGCCGAGGAAGUUGCAAGGACAAUCCUGGGGCUGUUUCUUGCCUAUCUCGAUAUUCACUGGGUAAACCAAAGUCAGAGCUGGAGAGAGCAUACCAGAAGCCCAGCUUUGCUGAGCUGCUUUUUUACGAAGGAACCUCAGGACCUAAAGAGUGUAACAGUCAAAGAAAGAUCAGGGCAAUGGCUACACCUCUGUGGUAGACCAUAUGCCAAGAAAUUAAAAAUUGAUAAAUAAAGGAUUAGACAGCACCAAAGCUGAGCUAGGUGUUGUCUAAACUAGAAGCUUUUUAGCUGACUCCUCCCAGAAUUACAAGCCAUGGUCACUCAAGGGCAUUGAAACUUGCAGUGACUGAAGAGUUGAAGGUUCUGAUAGCGAAUGAUCUAAGAAAUGUGAGGUGUACCUUGUGACAAUAAUGCCACCUGUACCUCUGAUGGAACCUCAAGCACAAAGCAGGCUGCAUGCCUGCAGCAGCCACACUUGCUUUUCCUUUGGAAAGAGCUACAGUGGUAGGUGAUGUUCCUGAUCAAAGAAAGCACCGUAUACCAACACAUUCAUAGAAAUAGCUACAAUAUCACCUAUAGAAUUAAACAAUGGUAAACAAACAAACAAACAAACAAACAAACAAACCAACAAACCCCGGCUGUCCUUAGUCGAAAAAUCCAUCCGAAGAUCUUUUUUAAAUAAGUCAAUGCAGUUAAAAUGUUGUCUAGUACACUCACCUGAAGCUUCGUUUAAUAUGAAUGACACCACACACACACACACACACACACACACACACACACACACACACACGACCUACCAAGUUUACCUUUAAGACCCGUGCUUUAUUUUGGAUAUUAAUAAUUCCAGUGAAUCAGAAAGUGGAUGUUGACCAAAUCAAGACUCGAUUCAAAGAUGUUUCCUGAGGAAGGUAUGGAAAGAGCACUGUGGUCGCCUGAGUGACAAGUCACAUUUGUUAACUUCAGGAAUUCAUGGGCAGAGACACCACGUUUCUCUCCAACGUUUGCGUUUUUGCUGUGUCUCAUAAAUUCCAACAGUAAAACGGAUAUAAUUGGUAUAGCAAUUGAAAAUCUUUAACUAUAUAGCUAAGGUCAUUGUAACCUUAGUUUGUGAAUAUAUUGUGAUAUUCAUAAAAUUACAUAACUCCACAGCCAACCUGGACAUUUUUUUCUGGUGUAUCUGAAGCUCAUAGAAACAGAGGAGCAGCAACUAAGGACCCCCCCGCCGUCCCCCCCGUCCCCCCUCCCCGGUCAGCACUCAGAGCCCUCACAGUGUCACUGUGCUCUGUGUGAAGACUGACGCUAUGAGGCUCUGGUCCUGUGUCCAGAGACGCAUCAAAUGUUUUGAUCAUUUGAUCAGGAGAAAGAGGAAGAGAGGUAUAAGCAUGGGGACAGGCAACGAGAGAGAACAUAGAGGUCAGACAUGGUUUUGCUGUGGUGUCUGUUAGGAAUCAUGUUUCUUAGAGGAAAAAGAAAAGGCUAGGCUCAGGGAGCAGCCAUGAGGUCGCACGCUUGUGUGUCCACUUCCCCCUCCUCCUGAGAAGAGGAAAACAACAGAGCUGUAAAGUCAUGUAGCUCGGAACAAAGCAUGUUGAUAACCUGGAAAGAGAAGUUCAUUUUCAUCUUGAGAGAAGUUCCAGCAAGGGCCUGCCUAGAUGGGCUAGCACUGUUCCAAAAUCUUUGUCCACAAGGAGAAUGCACAAUGGCAAUGAGAGUAGCGCUCUCUCUCUCUCUCUCCCUCUCUCUCUCUCUCUCCCUCCCUCCCCCCCCCCCCCCCAGUUGUAAUACAAAUCUAGUUGAUCUACUCAUGGAAUUCAGCAGAGAGCAGGGAACUGUAGGGUAGAAUGCUUGCUUGGCAUGUGGGGAGGCCCUCGAUUUAGUCUCAGGAGCCACAAAAUAGGUAAGGAGAGAAAAAAAAGAAAGGUUUCUUUGCCAUUUGCUCCAUAGGAUGCAUCCGCAUUUAAUUGCAUCAGGAGGCUGUGCCUUGGUAAACACUCCACUUCCUGCCUUGGGGAGCACCCUGUCUGCACCUGAGUGCCUCUCUUUAAUCAUCAAGGCUUCAAAGUACUUCAAGGCCAUCAAACCUUAAGAGAGUCUGUUUUGCAUCUGAAUAAUUAUUUACCCAGGUUCCUUAUAAUUAACUCCUUUAAUCUCUUCACAUUAAAUCAAUUUCACAUUAUCAUUCUGCUUUUCUCUGGAAAGCUUCCAAGUUUUUCCACCCCUGAAUCAGAUUUUCGCAGAUGCAUCUCCCUGUCUGGGCUCUCAAAUGUUCCUGAGGAAUUCCCCCCCCCCCUUCAGUGCUGGGGUCUCACGUUGCUUGCUGAUUCUUCCUAUUGGACAGUUCAGUUGGAUAGGAUCCUAUCUUCUCUUCAUCUCAUCUCCUUUCACCCAUGGCUAACAUUCCAUACUCUCAACAUUACAGAUCAAGACCUAAUUUUUCAGCAUGAAAACGGGAGCAAUACAGCAACAUGGGGUCAUAUAUAUUUAGGAGGCUCUGUAAUUAAUUUUGUUAUUAUUUCUUGGAAGAAAGCCCAAAAUGAUAUGAGAAAAUAACGUGAAGUGGUUCAACAGAUGUCCAGCAAUACAAAAAUAGGGUUGCAUGUCAUACUUCACACUGCUUCUCUUAUCUUGGUGUUAAGGCUCUAACAUAUUAUGCUGAACCGAUCCCUUUGGAAAAAAAAGAUCUGCCAUGUCUAAAUCCUUGGUCAGUUAGUUUAUGGUAUUUUGGAAGGUUGAAUUCUGAAGUCACUAGAUCUAUAUAUUUGCCUUGGAGUCCCAGCCAUAGAACACUCUAAAAUUUUUGUUCACACAAGCUGCCCAGACCAGACCUGACCAUGCCACACUGAAUAGGUAAUAAGUAAUAGGCUGUGUGGUUUAAGAAACAGUUGAGAGGUUUGUUCACAGAACACUUCACAGCAAAGGAAACUUUAGACCAUGACUGCAGAGAGGAAGUAAAAUGACACAAAGAAAGGAAACUAUUGGAGAAGAGCUCACCAAAGCAGACGCCAGGAAGACAGAAUGGUAGGAUGGUGUGUCUUCCUUCCUUCCUUCCUUCCUUCCUUCCUUCCUUCCUUCCUUCCUUCCUUCCUUCCUUCCUCCUUUCUUGGUUCUCUUAAAAUCUCAUCAUGUAUUUCUAUUAGGACAGAUGGACUGAGCAUCCCUAAUCCCCAAAUCUGAAACUCAAAAUGCUCCAAAGUCCAAGGCUCUUUUUGAGUCCUGACAUGGAGCAGUGCUAAGUUCUACAGCCCCGUGUGAUGUCUCAGUCAGACACAAGCACAUUAAAAACCACCAUAUAAACUUAACAUCAGCUUUCUGUGCAGGGUACACAAGGGACAGAAAUGAACACAUUAGAUACACACUCAAGAUUCAUAUUAUAUUUAUUCAAAAAUUCCGAAUUUAUUUUAAAAUCAAACAGAUUCUGAUCGCAACAUUUCAGGUAAAGGCUCUCCGACCUGUGUUACUAUUGUUGGGAUUCACUGUGACUAUGCCGGUCGGAUGAUCUCGCUGAUUCAACCAUUGAACUGGUUUUUUAAUUACCCAUGUGUGUGACUAAGUUUACAUGGUUUGUCAUUGUGGACAGAGCACCUUAUAGUCUUACAGUGCAGGUUAAGUUUGAGAGUGUUUGGCCAUUUCAGUUGAAAUUCAGGGUGACAUUCGAUGCCGCCAUGAUAACAGUAAAAAAUCUGUUCUCUUCUAAAAAUGUGUGUAGCAGUGAAAACACUUCUGGCUGGAAAAAUACUUGACUUGUAGGGAAGCUUCCUUGGAUUAAAUGUAUGCAUUUUUAUUCUUUUAAGGAUUGUCUAUAUAGAUAAAUUCAUUAAGUAAGAAAAUUGUUGGUGAUGCUUCCCUAAAUGGAAGUUUAUGUAAUGGAAAUAAAAGAUCUAUUAAAAGAUUUACCAAAGAUUAUUUUUUAACCUAUAUGCCAGUGCACAUGAUUAUUAUAUAAGACACCAAAGAAAGUUGUUCAAAACUGUAAAUAGUGUCAGAUAAAUGUAAUGUAUCCCUUCUUAGAAUAGUCACAAGAAGGAUUUGUUUGGGCUGUUUUCUGCCUCAAGUAAUAUUCUUUAAGAAGCACCCUCUUUGCCCCAACACCAAGCUCAGAAAUAUGUCUGAGACAUAUUUCAAUAGCUACAUGUGUAAAUAUGCAUCACACUGAGAAGGGAGUGUGUGCGGUUGUGGCCUUAGCACUUUAGUGGAGAUGACCAGCCUCCAUCUGGCAGUUUGUGGGAAGGUCUACAACUGGGGUUCAGAGUCUUCUGGUCUCAGCCACACUGACAAGAGAGGGCACCAAUGCCCCCACUAAAGAACUCUUUGUUGCUCGUGAGGCUCAGUUCUCCAAGAACAAAGAGCAAGCCUCCCUGCUAAACUGCCAGCAUAUUGACCAUAGUUCACAGCUCACGUACCCUGCAUUCUCGGUGUAGGGUGGAAGUUACUUCCGGCUGUGUGCUUUGGCUGUUAGAUCGUGCCUACUAUUUCUAAAGUCUACAAAGGUGCACUUAGCUGCUCCAUCAUCUGUGUGAAGCAUAAAACAUAAUGUAAAUAAACCCAACAACUGAACUUAUUAUGUUCUAUAAUAGAGCAUCCUCGUGGUUUUAAAAUCAUUUACAUGUUCUCUGCAAAUCUAGUAAAAUGGCAGCAAAUCUAUUUUUUCAUACUGCUGCAUCUAUCUACACUAUUAUAUUUGUAACCAAUAUUGUCUGAACAAAGAGCCUCAUCAGUCUUUCUAUUUAAUAAUGUAUGUGCUUAAUAUAUUUUUCAGAUUUGUAAUUGUGGUUAAAAGAAAGCUAUAUGGAAUCUGUACAAACCCCCACCAAUGUAGGAAUAAAACUGCUGCUCGUUAAAAGAGA